CUAGAAUAUUGUACCUACUCCAAAGUGUAUGAGAGAACGAAUUUUUUUCAUCCUGUAUUUGAUAAUCAGGGUGCUAUUAUUGCACUGAAAGUUUUGGAUCCGUAUUUAGGGUUUCAUGCCAAAGUAGCUGAGGGUGCGCAGAAGCUCGCAGCUCAUCCCUUCAUAGUUGGGACUUGGAAGGGCUCUUGAAGUGUUGAAUGAUCAUGGUUGAAGGUCCAAGGGAAAUUUCCCAAAUUAAGAGUAAAAACGAUGUGAAAUUCUAAAACAGUAGUACUAUGUUUUCCACUCCAAGUAUAUAUGUCUACACCAAUGGAAGAAGCUUCCAUCGAUAUUACUCAGCAGGUUGCAAAGAAACUCAAGCGGCCUGCAGGAUCAAAGCCGCAGCUUCUUACUUAUGAGGUCAAUGCACCUGCUAGAGAGUCACAGACUCUACCGGAGUUUAGGGUGAAGAAGGGUGUUGUUUUAGCAGUGGACCCCGAAUAUUUCCGUCACCUCGUGGAGAUUAAAGUGCUUGGAUUCCAGCGCCCUUUAGGCUCAAAGCCGCAGCUUCUUACUUAUGAGGUCAAUGCUGAAGAACUUAGACGUUGCUUUAAUGGUUGUAUGUUUGCUGGCUUACGUGUUCGCCUCUUCUCCAACGCUGCAUAUGAGACCCAAACUGAGUCUGCAAUCCUAGCACUGGCUACUGAGAUUGCCAAGUUUACAACAGAUGUGUGCAUGGCUGCUCUUUAUGCUAAGCUCCACAGCAUCCAUAAAUCGCUCGGAAGAUAUGAAAGCCGUUAUGCUAGCGACCCGUGCUAUACCGAGGAUGUACCCCUCCCCCUACCCUUUGGAAUGGCGGUUCAAGAUUUCGGUGUUUUCGAGACACUGAGACACACAGCAUGGUGACCCAUUUUAUUCUUGCACCAACCUACCCAGAGGGUCUACAACAUGAAGGCCGUAGUCAAUCAACUUAUUGUUCCGCUGAGUACUUAUCCUUCAUUCCAACCCUUAAAGAGCUCGGGUUUCCUUUGAAGCCUAUUGAUCCUCAUGUGACAGCAGGAUCCCCUUGGUGGACUUAUAAAGUUAAAAACAUCUACGGUACGUGCGAUUUGGCUUGUAUUUUGCCUCCAUCUCACUAUUCUGAACUCAGUGCCAUACUUCGAACUGUGCUGUUAGUUCCUGAUCACGAUGGUCUUUGCUGCCAAAUCGUCAAGAUUCCAGAUGACUGUGCAGACUACGGAACUGGAAUGAAAGGGCUCGUGCCAGGGUUCUACCUCCAUUCCUUUCUAGCAUUGAGCCAUGGUCCUGAAGAAGAAUGGAGUUUUGGAGCGGUUUUGAACUGACUCUUAUUGCUCAGCUGACUGUUUUGGAAGUUUGUUCAUCAGAUUUUGGCAUUAACUUUUUUGUUAGCAUUAGGAAAGUACAGGUGCAUCUAGGGGUUGCCAUGGUCACGGUUUCAUGGCAUUGAUCGGAACUGUCUUAUUUUUUAACCGGGUACGGGACCGGCUGGAACGGGCCCGAAUGACUAUUUUGUUUUUGCAAUUCUUCUUUAAUACUUAUAAUAAAUAUCUUUAAAUUAGCAGUGUAGGAUUUCAACCGUUGUCAAUGUCCAUCUCAUGAAGCUCCCAUUGAAUUGGUUAGAUGCCGCCACCUCCAUAAUAGUCGACCUGUAAGUCUGUAACCAUUUCUGCAAUACGGCUUAGGUUGAUGGUUUUCACAAACAACGAGAUGAUCCAGCUCUUAAACCGGUUUAUAGAGAAGAGAACCAUCAGUCUAGCUUGUAAUUGAUUAAUUUGAUUUUAUACCCCAAAAGUCCAAAACCCCAAAUUACACGGAAUGCUUUUCCCGUAGGCAAGGUCCGUGGUAAUUAAUUAAGAGACCACCUCCCAUUGUAUUAAGUGCAUCAAUCUAUCUUUGCAUUGCUUCCUUCUAACGUGAAUCUUGAGCUCCAUGACAAAUAGGAAGAAUGCACUUCUCAAAAAAUUUGCAGACAAACCAUACUAGAUUUUUAUUAAACAGUGAUGCAUUUAUCUAGAAUAUUCUAUGUAGAAAAGGCUAGAGAUGAUCUAGAGAGUUAAAGCUAGAAAGUAUUCUAGAAAAUUCUCUACUAGAGAAUUCUUAUGUAAAAUCUAGAGUAAUUAGACAUAGAUGUAGAAUACUCUAGAAUCAUAGCAUUUAAUAAGGAUCUAGAAUGAUCCUCUAGCUCCUAUAAAUAGGACUCAUUGCACUCAUUUGCAAACCAAGCAAAACCAAGAAACAUCAAUACAAUACUACUUUUCUAGAGACAAGAGCUCUCCUCUAAAACACAUCAUCUACAUUACACCUCACUAAAAUCACUUAUUCUACUCAUACAACCAACAACCUCUUUUAUUUUCUAACAAGUGGUAUCAGAGCUUGUUCGAUCAUAAGCGGGCAUUAUGGCGACAUCAAGCUUCUCGGUAUCAACUCCGAUGUUCAAUGGAGAAAGCUAUGACUAUUGGAGUGUCCGUAUGAAGACUUGCCUAGAAUCACAUGAUCUCUGGGAUUUUGUUGAAGAAGGAAUCAUGAUGCCGGAAAAAGGAAGCGACGACGCAUCAACUUCCGAGGUACGUAAGAAACAAAAACAACAAAAUGCUAGAGCUCUCUAUCUUCUUCAACAAUCCGUUUGUGAUACUAUUUUCCCGAGAAUAAUUCGUGCUACUACGGCAAAAGAAGCUUGGGAUAUUCUUAAGGAGGAAUUUCAAGGAAAUGAGAAAGUUAGAACUAUUAAAUUACAAAGUUUAAGAAGAGAGCUCGAAAAUUUAAAGAUGAGAGAUUCUGAAAUGGCAAAAGAUUAUUUCUCUCGGCUUAUACAUAUAGUCAACGAAAUGAGAACUCUUGGAGAAAACAUAACCGACGAGAGAAUAAUCCAGAAGGUCCUAAUCAGUCUCCCUGAAAAAUAUGAUCCAGUAGUUUCGGCUAUUGAGGAGUCAAAAGAUCUAUCAAAAAUGUCCAUCACUGAAUUAAUGGGGUCGCUAGAAGCACGUGAGCAAAAAUAAGGAUUAAUUCUUUGUGAAACAGUUAACUAGUUGGUAUUAAUUAUUGUUUUGAAAUUUUCCAAUAAGGAUUAUUUUUUGUAAAACAUGAAAAAAUAGAGAUGAUUGAUGUCAAUUUUACCCCCUAUAAAAUUUCAAUUCUUUAAGAAAGUAUGGAGUAUUUUUCUCAUCACCUCCCCUGCUCAUUCACGGGUGGAGCCGAUGAGAGUCUCAAUUAAGUCCACUGCAUGGUGUGGGUACGUACCUCACAUUCUGAAUGAAACAAUUAAUUCGAUCUCCCAUUACACAUAUAAAUGUGUACGUGUGUGUAUAUUGUAUGGAUUUAUAUUUAUAUUUAUAUAUGACAUGAAUUACUGAAUUUAAUUCAAGCGUGGAGAAUAUUAUAUUACUGAAUAUAUGGAGAUAGGGAUAUGGAAGUCAUUUGAGAGAAUAAAGAAGAUAUCACAAACAGCCGAUAUUGAAUUGAAUAUAGGUAUUAAAAGCAGCAAACUUUUAUCAGUGCCACGCACUUUGAAUUGCUUUUUUACUUUGCUUUUCUUGAAGCCGUACUGUAACAGGCCGGCCAUCCAGCAGCAGGUAGGUAAAUGCAUCUAUCCAUCCCCUUACAGUAGAUCCUUUCCUUAGCUUUGUAUAUUACUAUCACAACUCUCAUUCCAUUUCCCCCUCUUCUUUAGAAAAAGAAGAAAAGGAUGCAAUGUUCAAAAGAAGCAAUUGCAAGGCUGUUCUACAAUGCCUCAGCCUCAUUUCAACUUUUCAUGCUCUUCUCAUAUCUCUCCUUUAUUCUUCUUGUUGCCAUCCUUCAUUUUCUUGGUGGUGACCUGUUUUAUGGAAGGGCUGCAUAUGAGUUUAUUGACACAUAUUCUGAUGAUGAAGAAAAAGCAGUGGAAGAUGAAGUUGAGUAUGAUGAAUAUUACCAUGGUGCCCCUGUUGGUCAUGUAUCAAGACAACAUCAUCAUAUCCGGAACCAUCAUCUGCAACGUAGUAGAAGCUUCCAAGAUUGUCACCAUGAUGACGGUGAUGAUGAUGAUGAUGAUGAUGAAGAAGAGGGAGAUGAUGAUGAAGUAGUAGAGGAAAUCAAAAGUGUUGUCAAUGAAGAACCACCCUGCAGCAUUUGGAUCUCAUCAUCAACAUCAGCCAUGGAGACUAAUGUAAUUGGUCUUGGAGAAGUGGCUGAUGAUGAAGAGAAUAUUCCAAGUAGGGACAGUCAUAUUGGUUAUUCUAAAACAAGUGUUCACCGCCGGGACAUGUCACGUGAGAAUAAAAAAUCUCACAUAGAUAAUAUUCCCAAAGAAAAGAGAGUGGAGGCAAAUGGUUUGAUUCAACAAGUGGAGGAGAAGUUGGUGCACGCGCCACCAGCCAAGGUGGAGAGCAAGAGGUUGCACUUUGGAGAAGAAGAUAUAUUUGAAGAUUCCUGCACCGUUGGAUCCACUUCAAAGAGCUCGUCGGAAUGGAGAAGCUCCAUCAAGGAUUCUUGCACCGAAGAUCCAUUUUCCUCAUCUUCCAGAAGAAGUUGCCCCAAGUGGGAGUCAUAUACUCUUUUCCAAAAGUACGACGAAGAAAUGCUGUUUUUGGACAGAAUUAGUGCUCAAAAACUCCGUGAAACAGAAUCGCUUAGGUUAAGACUGCAAUCAAAUAAUCCAAGAUCAGUAUCAGAUAGGAUUGUACAUAAGUUUAGACGAAAGAAACGGGGACCGUUGGAUCCAUACAAUGAUCUAGAGGCAGCUUACGUGGCACAAAUAUGCUUGACAUGGGAAGCUCUGAAUUGGAAUUACAAGCAACUCCAGCGCCUACUGGAUCUGCGGCGGCGGCGGCCGCCGGAAGACCGGGGCUGCCCUGCCUACAUUGCUCAGCAAUUUCAGCAGUUUCAAGUUCUUCUCCAGAGGUACAUAGAGAAUGAACCAUUUGAACAUGGAAGGAGGCCUGAGGUUUAUGCUAGGGUGAGGGGCUCAUCCCCAAAGUUACUACAAGUGCCUGAAUAUAGAGAUUCGGACGAGGAGAAAGGAGAAGAAGGAUUUUGUUCCAGGAUUCCUUCAGAUUCAUUCCUUCAAAUAAUGGAGGAAUCAAUCCGGACAUUCAUGAAUUUUCUCAAAGCAGACAAGGAGGGCCAUUAUUGUCAAAUGAUAGCAUCUUUUUUCAAGAAAAGCAGACCAGGCUCAGCUGAUCCACUCCUUCUUUUGAACCUCCAAAAAGUAAACAAAAAAAAAAAAAGAAAGUUGAAAGAUAUGAAGCGGACGGGGAAAUGGCGCCUUCGAAAUAUAAAGUUAAAAAAGAAGGACGAAAUGGAGAUUUUGAUGGCACAAAUAGACUUGAAAGUUGUUUGUAGAGUUUUGAGAAUGAAAGAGGUGAAUGGGGAUCAAUUGCAUUGGUGCAAAGAGAAGAUGAACAAAGUGAAGAUAAAGGAAGACAGUGGGAUGCUACAAAGAGAUUCAUCACCACUUUUCUUCCCCUCACACUGACCCACCCAUUUCUGCCUACAAAAUUUAAGGGAUUGCAUAUUAUUCAUAUACAAAACUGCUUGAUGUACACGCCGUUAUACACACCUUAUACAAAACAUUGUCUGUGAGUCGAUGUUCACAGACAAAAAAACCUUUCACAAACAUAGAUGUGUACAAAAGUGUGUAUAAGAGUGUGUACAAAAGGUUUUUUUGAUUCACAUAUGGAGUCAUAGAAGACUAGAUUCAGAAUAGACGAUCGUUUUCAGUGAGAGGGUUCCACAAAAUGAUAGGUUGUUGUGAUAGAUGAUCAUCUAUAUAUCUACACAUAUGAGUCACAUAUGAUUCCAUAAAACUACUCUUGAUUUAGAUAGUUAUAGUUAGGAUAUGUACAUUCAUACAUGUUGUAAUUUAAUUUUUUUUUAUGGUAAACACGCCAUGAGCCCCAUCCAUUCUAUCACCAGUAUAAA